GAUAAAGAAUUUAAAUUUAAUAACAUGGCAGUUUAUCAUUGUUUUUUUUUAUGGAAUCCAUAGGUACAUUUUAUAGUUUUGUUUUACAAUUAUCUUUUUUAUAUAUUUUUGUUAUAAGGCAAUGAUACAACGUAAUAAUUAAUUUCUCAUUUUGAACUUGUCAUUCUAUGUCGAAUACUAGUACUAUGGAAGAACUCAGUCUGGUUUUAAAACCAGAUAAUGAAGAUCGAAAAAUAAUAUUUAUCGAAGAAACGGGUACUAGUAAAGGUGAUAUUAUCAUUUCAUUUUAUUUAUGGAGAUUAUUUAAUAGAACUAAUCAUACAAUUUCCAUGAUCGGUUUUCGAGAUACCUUCGGUCAUUAUCACAGUCUUGGUAUGAAAUUACACUAUAAUUUACUGAUAAUGGUAAAUAAAAAUCGUUUUAAGUUUUCUGAAGGCAAUUUAUCAGUAAAAUUUUUAUACAGUCAUUUAGAAAAACUCGUAGAUGAGAACAAAAAUGGUCCUAUUUAUUUAAUUAUUGAUGACAUUAGUAUCCUUAUGUUGAUGAAUGAAUCUAUUGAAAAUAUUAUAGAAUUUUUAAUCUAUGUUAAAAACCUUGAACGUAUAUAUUUGAUUUUUGGUUGCUGGAGAAAUAAAGUUGAUAACCUAUCCAAGAGAUUAGCUGCAGCAGCAUCACACUUAUCAGACUUAAAAAUAGCAUUAGCUCCAUUAGCAACAGGUUUUUCUGAUACUGCUACAGGUACUAUGAGAAUAACUUCUUUUGAAUCAAUAUUCAAUAUUAACGAUGUUUCUUACUUAUAUAAACUUUUUGAUAAUAAUUUAACAUUGAAACUUAACUCAGAUAAAAUAAGAUGAAUAUUUUAGACCUGUAUAAAUAAAUAACUUUUCUUAAAUUAUGUAAUUUUAAUAAUAAAGAAAGUUCUACUAAAAUUAUUUGUAUUAUAUUUAUUUAAAAAUAUAUCUAAGAAACAAACAUAUGAUAUAAAUAAUUUUAUAAAUAAUAAAAUUAUAUAGAAAAAUUGCACUGAAAUUAA